CUAUUUGUGGAGGUCGAUCGACCUGAGGUAGAACGACGGGGAAUGCUGGCGGUGGAGGCGGAUGUUCCUUGUCGAUGCAUGUUCAUGUUGCUUGAACUUGACGAGUGGCGGGAAUGUGAAGACGACGGAGCCCGCGAGUGUCUGGGAUAAGGCUGGGCUGGGGCAGGAAUAUUCGAGGGUGAGGUUCGCAAGGGUGCAGGUGGAUUAAUGGUGCCAGAGGAGGCGGUCCGUGAGUGCUGAUGGUUGCUAACCGGCCUUGCCGGCGAUAUCUGAGGAAGUGUAGAAUUCGGAAAUGGUUGUCUUGGUUGUCGGCUGAAAGUGACCGAAGACGUUGGCUGCGCGGGGUGUCGAGGCAGGGAGGAGGUCGGGGCGCGAGGAGAGGUAUAGGUGCUGGGCAGCGUGGGAUCUGGGAUGCUGGUCCCAGUCACCGUCAACACGCUCAUUGAGGCCUUUGUUUGAGUUGCUUCACGGGUAGAAAGAGGAGUUCAGCUGUGAAGGUCGGAAGAAGAAUGGGCAGUCGAGUUGUACGUAAGGAAACUUGAAGAGCUGCUGUUCACUGCCAGCUCCAGUGCAGGGCUUCCAGUGAAGCACUUCCAGGGCCAAGUCCAAGUUGCGGGCUCAGAUCGGUGGGGAUUUAAUUGCUGGGCGUAAGGCUCCUAAGGCUCUCGGUGUUCACUUUCAGGCGGGCGUGUCAGCCAAAGCGGCAGAGCUGCAGGGGUUCGUGCCCGGCACCGCAGAUCCGACACUUCCUGGCAGCAAGAAAAUUGCCAGCCCAGUAGUCGAUCAGCUCAAGCUGGAUACCGAUGAUGACAGGAUGCAGGAGUCGAUCCUUCUUGGGCUUUGGUAAAACUGCAGCGCUCACACGUCGUCGCAGGCUUAUGGGAUGUUGGAAGCGGUGUGGGUGAGACUCGAGUGACUCGAUCUUUUAUCUAGCUGGUGCUUGCUGCUCAAGCAUGUGAUGGACCGAGCGAGCUGAGCCGGGGAAAUCUAAGACCGCGCAGGAUGCAGCAAUGGGCUGUCGAUGGUCUCGUAUUGUUCCCCUCUCUCUCCCGCGGACAAAUGCUAUUAAUGAUACCUGAGGCUGCUGGCCCUCGUCCACCUGUGGGCCACCACGCAGCAAUGGCGAGCAAUGCGGCGGAAACGGCGCAAUCCCGUUGGCAAUUGAGUCCGGCCGUAGACUGGAUUUGCGAAGGUCGAAAGAGGGGGUGAACGGAGGUGCGAGACUAUGUACAGGAGUAGCCUUGCAGAUGUGCGGAAAAGAGAACGGAGGGGGUGGGCGUGGACAGCGGUGAGAUGAGGAUUCGUGGAGUUGUUGGUGUUCAGUUGGUGUCUCGGGUGACUGAUAUCAAGUUGCGCCUUUGGUAGGGACUCGGAUGUUGGAGCGCGGUUUUAGGUGUUGAAGUCGCUCCACGGGCAGUAGAAGCACCAGUCUUGAGUAAUGGCAGUAUAGGAACCUUGGAAUCUGUGGGAAUGGCAGUACUAGUGGUUGUCGAUCUCUGCACCUCAUCCCGGGCCCCUGGUAUUAUACACGGGCAGUAGAUAGCUACCCUAGUUUACAGGCCAUGGAAGUGCGGAUAUGGCAUCUCAACGGAUCAUGAACGGAACUCUACAGGGAUCUCAUUCUAGACACUACUAUGGGGGCAAGGAUGAAGCCGGAAGAAGUUGAUAAAAAGUAAAGCUGCCAGCUUGAUGCGGAUGGACAAGGAUGGAAGAGUUGCAAGAUGGCUUUCUUCAUCCAGCUUGAACUACUACUACCGUAACUGCAACAGCAAUGUGCUAUCUUUAUCUACUAGAAUUUCCUGCUGGUACCGUGGUACUCAUCAGUGCCAACUUGAAGUUGGCAUCAUUGCAGUGCUAGGCUAGUAUUUCGUUACAGCCGGGAAUGCUGCACUGGCACUACUAGCAGCUGCCAGUGUAUCUCGGUAAAAGAAAUGCUCUUCUUGACGUCCUGUUACCUUGCUAUCUCCAUCCUCAGCUAGCCCGGCCUCGCUUCCAAGUCCAUGAAGAUACGCGGCACCCGUGUCCUCAUCGUCAUCAUCGCAGUCGACCCUAUCACAGAAUCAAAAAUAAAAACAAGCUCUCGGAGCCCGCUUGAUUCAGGUGGCUCUGAACUCUUCUGGCGGCUUCAGCUGAGCUUGAAGUGCCAGUGUCAAAGCCUGCGCCCCCGGUGCCUCCGACACCGACCAGUCAAGUGUCACUAUUGUCCUACUAUUCGUUCCUUGUCACCCUCUGAUCCAACCACAAGCCGUGAAAUACCGGCCCCUCUCGACCAGUCAAGGAUGGAACCUGGCUUCGAAUUGGCCGAAUGGGAAAACAAUUCUGAUCUGAUGCUUCGAAUGCCACAAAGAAAGCCGUCCCCACUCCUCUCUUCUGCGCCUUGAGCAUGACGGACCGCCACGGGCAAGAAUGAACAACAUUUCUUACUCAGCCCGGGCAGUCCUGGAUCUCCUGACCGUGGAGACUACUGGCGAAGUCAAAGGGGUGGUUACCUCCGUAAUGAAUGGGGGGAAAUCGAAGGCACUUUGCACCACACCAUCGGAAAAGAGUGGGAUAGAGGCGUUACAUUACCAGGUCCACACCAGUUGGACCCAGCGAAACCCGAUCGAGAUCUAACCCAUGGUUACAAAACGUGCACGACCUGUCCACAGCCGGCGAGGCCGUGUUGCCAACAAAGUGGCCCAAAGUUCUACAGCCGCCUUCCAUACGUCACUUGGUCUCAGCUCGACUCCAUCUAUCCAACAUUCGUCUCCUCGCUGCCGCCGUGCAGCGUUCAUUUGGUGCAACAAUACGUAUGCAGAACCCCUGAUUCUUCGCGGGACAACAGCAGGAAUGUGCUCUUCCGCCCUCGGGCUGCCGCCGCUCUUGUGGUGGUAAGACCUUUCAUUGGGACCCAAAUUAGACUCUGGUACCUGAUCGACAGGAGAAUUGCAACUGUCAAAACUUUGCUCAGGGUCUUUGUUUGGAUACACUGUUUUUUUUAUAUGGAAGUCCCAGGUAUGCUGAUACAGUAAUGUUCUCACUGGGGUCUCCCCAAGCCAGGAUUACCCGGUUUGAUUCCUCUUUGCAUGGGAGACAACUUUAUAUCCAAACCUAACGUCGGCAUAUACUUUCUAUUUUCCAUCCAGAAGCUACUAUGCGCAUCUGGUUCAGGUAAUCGUUGCAGCCUUAUAUUCCAAAUCUUUGAUGGACUGUGCAAUUCUUUAUCUACCUGCAAUUUCAAUCUCGCCCUCACUACGUUGAUCCGAUCGGUUCUCAUACCGGCUGACAAGGUUGUCGUCAUGAUGGUGUAGUGCAGACCAGGAGCAGGGAGGACAAGGCCACUUGCAAUUGUCUUGCCGGAUUUCCUCCCAUAUUUCUCAAAAGAAAAGAGCAGAUGCCAGGGCUGAGAUCCUCGCGAUUGUCUGACCUGGCAAGCAAAGCCUCUGGACCCUAGCGCCUCAUUAUCUGCAAUUCAGCAAGACUAAUCGAACACCUUUGGUGUUAAUACGCCAGUCAGAUGGCACGGCAACUGAUGGCUCCAUCUUAACAGUUGCACAAAUCCAGAAAAGCCCCUCCUCUGGGCGUACGUGACGAGGUCUUUGGACAGCCACCAUUUCUCUUCAAGCCAUCUUCGAAGGCUAGUCACCUGACCAUCUUUGAGAGAGUGCUGGCAAGACUGCUUCCGUCCCUGUCAUCCGGAAAUUGAACUCUACUUGGUGCUAACACCCGCUUCAGACAGGAUGGGCAUACACAAACCCAAUCCGGGACAUGUCAGUUUAUUGUUGCACAGGGCUGCGUGGCAAGAGGUAAGACAAGAACAGGUAGAAACAAUCAUUGCUGUAGAGAGAUAGGAUCGACCAGAAUGAACAAAGUGCCUUAACGGACUUUUUGUCUGUGGCCAACUGCUCUGACUGGUUCGCCUGCCCUAAAAACUAGCAGGACAUGGCCGAAUCGAUUAGCUGGUACAGCACACAAAGGGAUGAUUGUUCGAGAAUACAGUGGUCAGAACGCCACUCCAUACAAUAGGUAAAGUACGAGUCGACACCGCAGUGCCAGCGCAUCAUCCGAGAAGAGUGGGGCACCAAGCAAGGCAAACCCUUUGUUGCUGUCGGUGAGCUUACGAACGACACAUGGCAGUAGGAUCUUCGUCUCCCUCUGGUCGAGAUCGUUCACCAUCUGGGAUAAACGAGCUUUUGGCCGGUCAAUGUGAGUCUGAGGCUUGACGUGGCCUUGUCCCCGAGGCUCAUCGGAGACGCGUAAAUAUCCACGUCCUGUAGCAUUUCUGCAGCACCACACAGAGCUAAAGAAGAGGGUUCGGCUGGAUCCUGCAAUACACACUGUUUCAGACAGCGUAGCGGCCAGGGUCAACAUCGUGUUCGAGUGUCGCAUUUCGAGGGACGCGAGAGACGAUUUGGGUGGUGAAGCACAAUGCUCCAGCUAUGGAAUCGCAGCACCUAUUGUCGAUUAUUGAGAAUAAUUGGGGUCAAUCAUAGGCCAGGAGGGGCCGGGCUGUUGAUACAACAGAUGAGAUCCGGGGACUGAAGCAGUCUUUCUUGUGCACCACACGACAUAUGUCGAGGAGAAUCGAGAACGGUUGGGAUCGGGGCAUAGGCGGAGAGCAGAGUCGCUUGGAUUGCGCUCGAAUCGCGGCUUGACACUGCUUGAGAGGCAGAACGAGUGGCGCCGGGUCUCUGUCAAAACCCUGAUUAGCCUCGACUAAUGCAGCUGCAUAUGCAUUCGUUGGCAAAAUCACUGUCGCCGGGGCCCUGCAAGUCAUCAAGCGCUGCCAGUGAGUGUGCGGUGCUGUGCUGUUCUGCGCUGCUGCGUUGUGCUUUGUUCGACUCUUCUCUGGCCAUGCGGCGUCUGCUGUGUUGGUGCAGCGGCCCCCGCGAGUGGUAAGACCAUUUGGCUCCUCGCGCCGUCAUGGAAAGGUCUCACCGUGUGAAGAGCCCUUGUGUGUAUUUCUGUACUCCAGAACCACAGACUGGGCUCGAUGGCCAUCGUCGCCGCCACCAUCGUUGUUAUCGUUGAAGUUGAUGAACCUGAAGCAGAAGGCGUCGAGUAAAGUAUUUUUGUUCGUGCCUGCGAACCAGUCUCCCCGCAUCCCGCAGCCUGCGCGACCUGCCUCUCACGGGUCACUUGCUAUCGAUUGUCAGGCCAUAGACACGCCCAUUCUUCAUGUUGGCCUGAGGCCGUCGUGGUCGAGCUGAUCAUUGUACUAUUGACCGAUAACUGUCCUAUCGCAGGCAUCGCUUUCCCUGCUCAAAAAUCCAGACUACUGUGGAAACACAGUGGGCUUUAAAGAAGUCUGCUGUUCGGCGAUACUACUGCACCUGACGAGGCCCCUCGAUUCCUUCCACCCACCGUGUCGCACCCGUCGGUUUCACGUUAGCAAGCCCUGCGGCUUGGGUGCUGUCCAUCUGCUGCCGUGCCCAUGCUACAAAAUCUAGUCGAAGACCCUCCUUCCCCGAGCUGAUAGCGGCAGUGUAUGACUUGAUUGGGAGUGCCACUUGGAAUGGAACUCGCCAGCGGAUGAUAUUCCCAUCCAGGGCCAUAGACAUUUGGGGAGAUCCAGCAGCAAAUCCAGCUUCUCAGCCCUCACCUAGUCCCACGGACAAUGCGCAUGGCCAUGACGGAUCGAUGUCAGCCCCUGAACCUUCAGAGCGUGCCUCGCAGGAGGGUGCGCAGGCUAGAAGCCCUGCUAGCAGAGCUCAAGCCGAUGGCCGACGGAGGAGUAAUAUGGAUGCCCGUCACACGGGCAGGCCUCUGACGGGUGCUGCCAGGAGGAUUCCGGACAGCACAGGGACAGAAACAACGGGGGUGGAAGUGAAGCAUCGAGAACUUCCAUUUGCCCAUAUGAGGGUGCAUUUCGAAGACUUCGCUUCGCAGCUGCGACUGCAUCGACAUCAUGAACAUCGGAGGCGCAUGCUUACCCACCGCCGUCAUCGACUGCAGAAUGCUCUGGCGUUGUCCGCCCGGUUGAAGCGUGUGAGCUCCUGGGUGCACGAUGGUCUAGUAGAGAUCAGUCAACAGGCAGAUGCCAUUGGUUUUACCCGCCUGCAUCAGCAUACGCAUGAUCUAAUGGAUAUAUGUCUGUCCCAGUGGACUCACGAGGUUCACGCCCUGGAUACGACAUACAACCAAAAAGCGCCGGUUAAGCAGUCCUUUCUGACACAAUUGCCACCCUCGUCACAACAGGACUGUCUCGAGUUCAUACAAACACUCCGGAACAACCCUCGGUUUCUGGUUGAAAGACUCAAAGCACUAUCUCCGGCGCAGAUCUCGUCCCUGUCAUCAUCUCCCAAAUUCCAGGAGCUUUCGGAAUCGGUUCUGACCUCCUUGUCGCAGAACCGUGGUAGGGCAUCGGUGAAGAAAAGGGUCAAAGCGUAUUCCAGAGAUCUGGAAGAAUAUGCUUCUUCUUUCGAACGAUCAAAUCCACUAUCCUUCCUUCUCCACAAUAUCUAUGGGCCUUUUCAAGACGUCCAAAGCCCCGAGAGCGACCUGAGAUUUGCAACCUGGUCUACUAUCUGCUCGACUUUGAUGCUCGAGUCUGAACAGGCUUUCGAGGCCAUUCUGGGACAAGUUUUGAAUGCCUUUGCAGGCAUGUACCAGUGGCAGAUUAAAGAACGCCUCGAGCUAUUUUUGAUGGGCGUGUUACAAAGAGGUGCAUUUUUGAUUGACAUGCUGGAAAACUCGUUGUCAAGCCCCCGGCCGUCCCUUGGUUUCUUGGAUACCUUCAAUACUCCACAAGCGAAGGAGUUCUUCAACAGUGCAGUAAGGGAGUUGUUCGAAAUAUUGGCCUGCGAUGGAGGUAUACCAACUGGUGCUCUUCAACUAGGACGCGCCAUUAUAGGAAAACUCCCGACAGUUGAAGUUCAAAGUCAAUUCCGUGGCCACCUGCUGUUCCAAUGGUUUCUGCAACGUUAUUUGCGCACCACCAUUGUAUACCCUGAGGACGAAAAAAUGCUCCUCCAGUUUCAUAUAAAUGAAAAAGCCAGGUCGCACUUACUCUACAAACUCUGGGACUGCGCAUUUUCCCAAGCGAACGAUGUCUUCAACCCAGUGCCUGUUCAACCCGUUGAUCCAGUAGUGCAAAAGUGUGUCCACGCAAUAAUCUACACACUCGAAGCAGAUGAACAUUGUUUCGAUCCAUAUCAAAGGCCCCAAGCACGGAAUGCCCACCCUACCCCUGGCUGCCGUCCUUCUCUAUCGCUAUGUGCAGCCGAUAUUGCACAUGUCCUGGAAGCCCUCAGUCCCCAGUACAUCCAUACAUCAAGCCCUUGGGAUUCUUUCUUGAGCUCUUCGCAUUCUACCUUCCGUAUGCAAUAUUCUUACGCGAGCAGUAAAUUCAAUGACCUCCGUCGACGAAUACUCGAAGUGAUGGAACCAGGUCACUCCUCGAAGAACAGUCAUCCUUGCCAGGAAACUUGGGCUCAAAUUUCAAUAUCCCCGGCCGGUUUGUUGACAAUGGCAGGACCAAAUUGGUCUCUAGAGGUCAAACCAAGUAUGAGCGACUUGGGGGACUUGCAUCUGGCCGAGAAAGCUGCGGUUCGUCUGGUCGAGGGCCGUACGCAUGCAGAAGAUCGAUUAUCCCUGGGGCUAGUUCCUGUCCCGAGUUCGAAAGAGCCAACCCUGGCCGAGAUGUUUGCCGCAGAAGCGCGACAAGCUCACACCAAGACGGACCGCGUUGCAGCUCUGUACUGGCAUGACGCACUCGCUUUUUUGUACCAGCACUUUCCACUUACUGUCUUAACGGGGGAUGAUACAAAAGUUCUAGGGCCGAUGACUGAGAGGUUGAAAGCAUGCCGGCUCCAACUUGAGCACGAUUCCCGGCAAAUAGAACAAGAAGUUGCUGAACUGGAGGCCUUGUACGACUAUGCCAAGAUGAAGAUAUCCGACCUUUCCGCCUGGCUCGAUAAACUUCGAGUGAAACUCUGGUACAAGAUGGAUGUGGUAAGCUCUAGUGCCUACGAAGAUGCGAAAAACAUCUCAACGGCUCUGAAUAACAUGGCAUUGUCUACGCUACGAGGCUACAUACCAAGCCAGCGAGGUCCGAUGUCCCCAGGGUCGAGUCGACCGGCCACUUCAGAUACAUCUGCAUCAUCUCUAUUCGAUCAACCGCGGGUUGAUACUCUAGACAUUUUGAAAGCUCCAGCAGAACAUGGCGGGCCCAGGAAACUUUCAGACCCGCAGAUCGACUUGAUCAAGAAGUGGCUUGAACGUAAUCACAUAGACAACUUCUGCAAAGGCGAAGAAAGGAUCCAUCGGUUCUGCAUGGAAGUUAAGAUUGCCACCAAGAAGCUCGUUGGGGAGAGCCUUAGCGACAGUCCAGUCUUGUGGUCGAGCGAGCUGUUCAGUCGGGAAGGGAACCUCUACGACAUCCAUGCCGGCACGACAUUUAGCGUCCAACCAAGUACAAGAGCCCCCAGCGUCUGGAGUGAGCCUUUGUCAUCGAGUUCAUAUCCAUCCCGGACGGGGUUUGUGGGUUCCCGAGCAUCUUUCUUUAGCCAGAGCUCAAGCAGGGUGGGGAGGGAUCUUUUUGGGAGCGAUCUGUCUUCACUGAUCAGCUCUCCGGGUCGAGCGGCGACUGUGACAACAUUGGAGUCAAGUAGCAGCUUUUGGUCGCCGCCACAAUCGAUUCCAAGGUCGGUGACGUCGGCUUCAUCGCAAUCAAGGCCUGCGUCAAUGUUCGAAGACCAGGGCAUGAAUCGUUUGGCUGAUUUCAAUGUGGAAAAGGCGAACUUCCUGGAUCGAGUGCAACAGGAUCUGACUUGCCUGCUGCUGUCCGACCUUGGGUGUCCAGUCUGGAGCUGUGGGAGCGAGACAGAUGCGUGGAUGGAGACGAUGCGACACACACCUAUUAUCGUGGAACGCUUGGAACAACGGGCGGUUAUGGCACGGUUACACUUGAAUAUGGACACAAGAUGCUCUCCACCGGCCGGCUCUCGUGAGGCAAAAUGCAAACCCCGGCGGCGAAGCCAGAGUGCAGCUCCGAACCCGCGGCAGGCAGCUAGUCAUGCUGCUGGAGACGCAGAGCCAUCCACAGCGUCGCCGCUGCCUGAAGAUCCCCAGGACGGAGGUGUCAGCUAUCCAUACCACAGUGCGUUUCUCGAUAUCCUUUCUCGCAUGCAAGAGCAUGUGGACCCAAAUCUCAAACUCAAAGCCAUUCGUGACUUUGAAAUUUUGGCGCAAGCUUUUCUAAAAAGUCGUCAAGAAUCACUUCAGGAAAGAGACCUGUGCGGAAAAGAGCAGAGCCCCGGUUCAGAAGACCAUCGACGACGCCGCAGUUUGAACCCGAGCCUGCUAUCAGCAAAUCUCGGCCGACGUAAAGAAAAGCAAAUCCUUGAAGCACGCUCUCCACCCUCAAGCGAAUCUACUGUUGAUGGCAAUGACGAAAACAGCCUCCUGGCACUUUUGAAAAAGCUGUUAUUCGCGUUGCAGCCGAAAACUAUCUUCCGCGAUCUGCAGUACAUUGCUGCUUUCGCCUCCUCACAGACGUUGGCCGACAGUGAUACCGGGCGAGCGUUUUUGCAUGUUGGGCUUGCAGCACUGGCCUGGAAAGACGAGGUGUGCCGGUGCAUGGUUGAUGUGGCGGACCGGAUUGUGGUCAAAGACUCGAUCAAAAGGGAAGAAGCCCGACGUAAGGUGAAUGAACCCUCAAUCCUAAAGGCUAUGGAGUACUGGGUGAUCGCGGCACGGGAAGGAAAUGCAAUUGCUCAACGGGAGCUGGCGAGUCUCUACCUUACGCACCCUGAUAUACUGCCCAUCGUGAGCCUGCCCUUGGCCUUCUCAUCAGAAAUCUUCAAGGCUGAAAUGAUGUGGGAGGAAGAACAAGAGCAACCAGGACUGGCAUCUGGGUCUGCAUCGUCUGGCCAAAGCAGCCAAUCCCUCUGUCUUGCGCUGCAUUGGAUGCAGCAAGCAGCCUCGAACGGCGACACAGUGGCACAAAGUAAAUUGAAAGAGCGUCAGGCGAUUCGUUCCAUGCACAGCAAUGGCUGACUGGAGGUUGAUUACCGCGGUGUCAAGUAGAGGAAGAGAUGUAGCCAGUGGUGAAAGAAAGAGCCGGACAUGUUGCAGCUAUCUGAGGGGUUUCUUUUUUCCUUUUUGCUUUUGGGCGGUAAUCUGACGACCAUCGACGCGAAUGCAUGUUGAUGUGGUACAUUCUGCUGGGUCUCGGAGUUUACUGCAUUUGGAUCUUCUUCCGCCCUUACCUAUUUUCUUUCGACAAAUGCAUGGGAGGUAAUCUGUCUAGUCUGAUACACAUGUAUUCGAUAACGGAGGCACACUGCUGUCUGGUUUUGAGUGAAUAUGAUGCAGAUUGAUUUGACACAAAACGAGAGAAUCACACUAAUGAGUGUCCGUAGCAGUAGCAGUCGCAGUAGCAUUGGUGACACCCAGGACAGAAGACAGAAAUACAAUGCCUCAGUCAGGGUAGGAUCUGCCAUGAAGGGUCGCCGUCUCCCC